ACAACUGACAUUUCAAAUCAAAACAAGGAAAAGUUUGAAAAAAGUGAUAAAUGUUUAUUUGGAAGUACUUCAGUAAAUUACAUGAAAUAAAUUAGAAUAGCUUAGAACUGUUGGAUUUCUAAAUCAGAAACUAUGCCUACUGUAAUUUUAUUGGACGUUUCCUUGUCCAUGUCGCGACCAGUAUCAACAACCGAUACAACAGAAAGCCACACUCGAUUUACAAUUGCUUCAGCGGCUAUUAACACAUUUCUAGAUUACCUAUGUAUUCAUGCAAAACUGGAAUAUGUUGCAUUAGUUACUUUCUCUUCUGUAUACGAAGUGGCUGUACCUUUUACCCGCGAAUUUGACAACAUAAGAGUAAAAUUGCCUCAGUUAGAAGAGGGAGAUAAAACAUGCAUAGAAGCAGCUCUGCAUGGAGUAAAUCAUCUGAUCCUAAACGAAUGGGGCUAUCAAACUCCAGUUCAAAUAAUCCUGAUAACCGAUGGCAGUUGUGGAGUAGGUGCCAUUGGAAGGAAUCGUAUCAUUCAAGCUCUACCACUGCCCCCCACCUAUCCAGCAAAGAUACAUAUUCUGCCAGUAGUGUCACCACAUGAUCCUUGUUUGCAACAUGCUAUGCCAUUGUAUCAGAAGAUUGUGGACCUUGCAAGCAACACUGUGAAUAAUUCAAAUGUCAAUCUAAUAAGAGGUGCUAUUUAUUGUCCGGAUCAACUCAGUGUGCCUGGUGUAGGAGUAGCAAUGACACGACUCUGCGAGCAGCAUUACCAGGAGUUCUGGUGCACGCUCAAAUGUGGGCAGCUUGAAACUAGGGUGCAAAUAUUCCCGGCCCCGCAUCCCGCGCAACAAGAAGGCCUAGCCGCGAGCUAUACUCUGUCCAAUCAGCUGCAUGUCAUUGGAUUUCUACAACAGCAGGACUUAGGUACACCGAUAGCAAUAAGCAAACAUCUCGUAAUACCACAGGCGCAGGUCGGCACAAAUUCUUCCACACGUGAAAAUUACGGCUCCAAAACACCUACAAAGGAGGGAAGCAGCAAUGAAGGAACUUCUACAGAUGAAGAUAAUAUAUCGGAUCCGAGCAAAGUACCUAACUUCUGCGUACUUUUACAUGGAGCACUUAAGGUGGAGGGCAUGGCCGCGAUUGUCCAGCUGGGCUCGGAUUGGUGGGGCACGGUGUCCGCUUGGUGCGAGGUGUCUAGGGCCCGUCGGUCGUGCCUGCUGUUGAGCAUACUUAGGCCCGGGGCCUCCGCCGCGCCUUGGCUAGGAGCGUUGGAUCAACUCGGACCGGCAGACGAAACUUCUGUAUCGACGGAGACGUUCCCGGUACGUUCGUGGCGGUCUUACAGCGGGGGUGGGUCUGGAUGCGCUUGGGCACGUCCGCACGCCCUGCUCGCAGACGUGCAGAAGGUGCUUCGACACGCCAGAAAACUGCCUGACAAGACACAGCAUCUGUACAAGGAGUUAAACCGUUUACGGCGCGCGGCGAUUUCACUGGGCUUCUCAGAGCUCCUCACAUGUGUUGGAAGCGCGUUGGAGCGGGAAUGUACUGUGCUGCCGUCGUCCGCACCACCUGAGUGCGCUUUACAACUCGCUCAUGCCGCAGCCGCUCUCAGGGAUCCAAGAACAGCUCUUGAUAUCAAACACACGCUACAACCUCUCGCGGCCAAUUUCACUGUUACUUCUAUGUCGCAUUAAAUAUAAUUUAAUUCAAACCUUAUA